AAUGUGAAAAAAAAAUGUUAAGUUUUUAAAAUUUCAUUCAGCGAAAUAAUACUGGUAUGUACAUAUUAAUAUGCUAUAAAAAAUAUUAUUUAAAAUUUACAAAAACAAUCGUUGAUUUAAUUACUCGUAAUUUAGUGAUUUCGAAUAAUUUAUUUUGGAUUAUAAGACUUUGAAAUUUUCAAACCUUUUAAUCUGACAUAAUAAUUGAUCAACUUAUAGAUAUACACACCCACUUAGAUAUUUUAUUGAUGUUCAAGAUUUACUGCACAUAUUUAUAAUUAUAAGAGAAAUUAUAUAACUAAUAUAGGUACUUAUACUAUUAGUUUCCUAAGAUUAUGAUUUUAGUAAAAAUAUUGUAAUAUAUUGAAUUAUGCAUUUAUAAUUAAAUUAAUAGAAAAUCUUUUAAUAGAAAAUAUAUUUAAUAGCAUUAUGAUUUGACAUGAAAAUAAAUAUUCUUCGUUUGGGAAAUUAUACGUUAAAUAAAUGAUCUGUGUUAGUAAAUUGUAGUAUUGACAUCAAAAGUUUAUUUUUUUUAAACUAAUUCAUUCGAAAUGUAGCUACCUAUCCAUUAAAAAGGAUAGAUAUUUUAUGAUUAAGUAUAAAUUCUAGUUUUGUAAGAAUACCCCUACAAGGUUACACUUAAAUACAUUUAUUACAUUAUUAUUUUAAUUUUAUGAAAACUGAAUAACUAAUAAAAAAAAAAUGUCGAAUUUUUAAUCUAAUAAAAAUAAAAUAUUGCACAAUUAUUCUUUAUUACCUAUAUGUUAUGUAAGUUGCCAGAACAAUUAAUUAAAUUUAUAAAUAGUAUUUCUAAAUAAUAUCUGUAUAAUCUAUAUGCAUUAAUAUAUUGUCAAUAAAUAUUUUAUAUACAUAUUUCUACGAUUAAUUAGAUAUAUUAUGCAUAUUAUAUAUUAAUCUAUUAUAUAUAGGUUUUUAUUUUUUAAUGUUACGUAAUCGAUAAUAACGAUGCACCAAACCUGAUAAUGGGCUUGUUUAUAAUUUAAUAAAGUUUGCUUACUAACAGACACCGUGUUGGUAAUUAAUUUUAAAUUUAAUGCAGUAUACCUACUCGAUUUCAUGGACACAUAUUAAAGCAAUUAUGUGCAUGUGCAGUAUUUUAUUCAUUGUGUUUUGCAUUUCAUAAAAAUAAAGGUAAAAAGUUUGUUUUCAAUUAAAUAGUUAAAAGUCGUUCUAGAAAUGUCGUAAAAAAAUUAUUUUCAAAUAUCGAAUGAAUACAUAGAAGUAAACUUCAUCAGCUGUAUUGAUAAUAAGUUCAGAAGAGCAAUGUAGUGUAAAAAAGAAUUAAGUUAACUCGCCAAUCGUAUAUUUUUAUCUAUAGCCAUUAUUCUCUACAACAUAUUCUGUCCUGCAAUUGACUGGUAUCUACAAGCUAAAAUAUCAGAUAUCUGUAGUAUAUUUAGACAAAAUUGAGUUAAUAUUGUUCUUUUAGUGAGUAUUUUUUUAGAUCGAGUAAAUAUUUUGUAAGUAUGAAAUUUUGAUUUUAUAGAUAUUUCUAUUAAAAUUUGAAAAAAUAUUAGAUACAGUUUGAUCAGAAUAACUAAGAACAUCCAUUAUUCUAGAAAAUAUUAAAAUAACUUGGAUUUACUUAGCAAGAUUUCUGGUAGAAAAAUUAAUAACAGACAAAAAAAAAAAAAAAAUAAUAACUACAUCCAGGGGCGAAUGUAGGCAAAAGUUUCAGGGGGGAGAGUUUGAAAAAAUUUAAAAUUGUCAUAAAUAUCUUAAUUUAGUACUUUAUAUACAAUAUACAAGGUGUAAUAUAGUCCUCUUAUAUUCUGUAUAUGUUAACUAAUUAUUAUACUUCAAUAUAAUAUUCAUACGUCUUGGUACUUUGGCCAUUACACAAAUGACCUCUUCAUAAGUCACCCACAUGCUUCUAUAAGCCCUAUAUAUGUUUAAUAGCAUCAAUCCAUAUAAUCGUUUCUCCCCAUCGUUUCUAACCAGUCUUGUUGCGCAGAUACAUUUUAAUGUGAGAAGACUUGAAGCCACAGAAACGGGAAGAGUUAGACCGAUGUAAAAAAUCAAUGAAUUGGUGGGUACAAUAUUGAAUUGCAAUAGUUGAGAGGAUUAAUAAAUAUUGUAGAUGGGUAUUUGGAAAAGUGGAAAAAAUAAAGUUAUAUAACUUAUACCUUUAAUCAAUGAUAAAUCGUUGCAAAUCGAUUAGGAAGGUUCGGAGCAAAGUUCGGUUAAAAUGUUAUGAAAGGUUGUAAUAUUUACGAUUUUUGUCAAAAUUUAAUUUUAAAAUUCUUAUAAAAUAAAAUCAUCACUUAUAAUGAACCUCCUGUUAAAUAUACAAGCAUUUCUGUUUAGUCUAAUUAUUUUAUCCAUAGACUACUUAUUAAAUAAAAAUGACGUAAAAAAUCCGUAAAAAUGUCUAUAAAUAGUUCAAAAAUGGCUCAAAUAUUUUGAAAGUAUUACCACGUCUAGAAGAAGUAAUAUACGUUUUCUGUCAAAAUUAAUAAAUUUCUUGCUACGUUUUUAAUCUUAAAUAACUUUAACAAAAUUUUAUUUUGAGACCCGUUAAAGGAACGACAUUUAAUCCUUCAACUGUUGUUGAUUUUUUAAAAUAUUUUUCGAGUGCUUUUUUCAGAGCUUUUUGUCGUUUUUAAGCACUUUUUUUGUAAAUUUUAAGUGCAAUAAGUCCCGAGCCAUUAAGUCCCGAGCCUUAAUGGUUAUUAUGCCUAUUGACAAAUUUGUUGGAAUCCUAUUGGUUACUUCGUAACAUUCUCACCGGUUACUGUAGACCAUGUUGGUUUUUAAAUAAACGUAAGACUAUUGAUUUGCAUAACAUUUUAUACUGUAACCUAUAAUCUAGUUUAACCUUCGGCUUUCAGAUUUUUCUGUAAACAUUAUUCGAAAAUGAAUUAAAUAUUGUUAUACUGAAAUAUUGAUUAGUAAAUGUAAAACGAAUUAUAAAUAAAAAUGUAUAAUUUUAAGUAAUGUAAUAAGAAUAGGUAAAAAUAGUAUACAUUAUUAUUAUUUUUUUUUUAUUACAUUUUAUAAUAUGGUAAAUUAACAAUUAGGUAACACUAUGGCAUAAUAUAGAAAUGUAUCUAAAUAUUUAUUUAUAUAUUAUAUAAGUACCUAUUACCUAUAUAACAUUAUGCAAUAUAAAGGGUGGGUAACACAAAAUUUUGCACAGUGAUAUAAUAUUGGUAGGUAUCCCUGUGGGAUGUGGAUUAAAUUAACCCUGAUAAAUGAUUUUAAUAUUAUUUCAUAACUGUGCAUUGUGUAACUGUGGAACCGUGUAAUAGGUAGUAAUUUGUAAUACCUACGUUAUAUAGCUGUUAACGAAGCGAUAGUUGGUUCGAAUUAAUUAAUUGUGUUUGUCAGUUGAUUGGAAAAGAGUGAAUAACUACAUUAAAAGUACACGGCAGUUGCAGUAGUAAACUAUUGGUAUGCACUUAUACACAAUUUACAAAGUUACUAUAAAUAUUUUAAUAUUAUAAGUUUGAUAAACAUCAACAUUUAAAUAUAAGAUGUUAUGUUAAAAAUCAUACGGUUAUAUAUGUUACGGUUAAUGUUGUAAAAUUGGUUAAUGUCGUUAUAAUUAUACUUAUCUAUAAUUACUUACUUAUAAUUAUCUAUUUUGUGCUGUUCGUUUUAAUAUUGAAGUAUAUUAGCCUAUUAACUAACUUAAGGGUAAGCAUAUUUUUUGUGUCUGUACGGAGGUUUUUUCUUGAUAUUUUAAUUUUUAAUCCAGAUUCGACGAUUCUUAAAUUGUAAUAUUUCACAUGUAAUUCACUUGAAAAUUAAAACACCGAGAAAAUCCAACGUCGGCACAAAAUCGGUUUUUGUAUACAAAAAAGUAUAAAUAUAACGACAUUAAUUAAUUUUACAACAUUACCCGUAAUGUAUACAUUAGCUGCCUUUUUCGAAAUCACUAUAGUUUGAUAAUUCAUUGCAAGUUAAUAUCGUUCGACGAUUGUCUUUUUUUAUUUCGUUCUCAAAAUUGUCACUAUUAUUAUAACUAUAAGCUCGUCGUUGCCAUGCCAAAAGAAAUACAGUAAGCUAAGUAAUUAGUUUCUAUAGUAACUACUAUUUGUUAUGUGUAUCCUCGCAACAAUUAUUAGAGUCCCUACACUUAAUUAUUUUAGACAUGGAGCGUAAAGAUUGGAUCUAUUAGUAUUAUUAUGAUGUAUUUUUUUUUCUGUCUGUGACCAACUUUUCUACCAAAACUCUUGCUCUUAAGUGUCAAGUGUAGCACUUUUUCUGAAAGAUAAUUUUAUCUAUUUGAUGCAUUGAGGAGUUCAUUUUUCGAUUUUCUAAAGGGUUUUCAAAAUAAUUUGGAAAAUUUUAAGUAUAACUGAACUUCACUCCGAAUCGUUUUUCGUUAGUAAUGAUUUAUCGUUGGUUACAAGCUUAAAUUAAAUAGAUUUAUAUAUCCUACCUUCCUAAUUACCUAAUUACAACAAUGGCUUCACCCGUCUCCAGUAUCAGCUCUUUUUUUGUUUUGUUUGUAUUAACAUUUUUUUAUUUCAUUCCAAGGUAAUCAAUAAAUCAGUCAUAAUAAUUAGAUUGUCUUGCCAAUAAUACCAAUUACUCUAUGUGAGAAAACUCUUUAAAGGAGAUUCGCCAUGUAUUGUUUAAAUAAACAUUUCUGAGGAAAUUCUUUAAAUGAUAGUGAAAACCGUAUCAAAAAUUCCGUUACGUAGUUUAGAAGAACUAAACGCACACAGACAGAUAGAUAUAGCGACUUUAUAGAUAUGGAUUAUUAUUAUUAUUAUUAUAUCAUUCAGUAAUAUUUAGAAUAAGACACGUAUAGGUUUUACAAUAUAUAGGUUAUGUAUAUCCAGUGGCGCGCAUUAAACUAUUUUAGGGGGCUCUGGGAUAACAACUACCUAGAGUUAUAGGUUAUCAUUGUUGAAAAUCAGUUGUAUAAUUUAAUAAUUAACGAAUAAAUAUCAUAUAAUAAUACUGAUUUGGUACGAUUUGGGGUGGGGAUAGGAUUAUACUAGCCAUUUGACUUGUUACCCCGUUUCAAUUUCAAGUGUACGCCACUACGUGUAUUAUAUUAGGAACACUACAGUGCUCAAUGGGACACUACGAAAGAAUACCCAAAGGCAUACCUACUUAAAGCUAAAAGUUAUUAAAAUUGAUUCAGAGGUAAUUUUAUAUUUAUUAUAAUACAUUUCAAAAUAAAUAACCGUAUAUUACAUCAUAUACUACCAUCUAAGUUGAAACACUUAUUAUGACGAGGUGUUGAAUAAGUGUACGAAUGAAAAUAUUUCAUUUGAAACCUUAUCUAGUGCCAAUCUAAUAUAGGUGUUGCAUUUAUUUUAAUAUUAAUAUUCUAUACUCUUCUCUUUGACAUAUUUUAAAACUAAAUUAUUAUACGAAGGUACUAUAUAUUUGUAUCUAAUUUUGUUUUAAUCAAAAAAUUAUUAUUAAUUUAUCUACUACCUAUAUAUAUAUGUAUAUAUAAUAAUAUAUAUCAAUUAUUAGCUGGUUUAACGAACGAUUCACUUCAUAAUAAUUUUUAUUAGAUCAAUUUUAUUUAGUUACUUUUUAAUUAUACCUACAUUUUUACAGUAUACAUACAUAAUAAUAUUAUAAUCUAAGUUGAAUUAUAUUUUUAGAUGCAAUUCAUUAUUUAAUAAUUAUUAUUACUAUGUAGGUAUAAAAUAUAAAUGCAUGCAUAUAUAAUAUAUAAUAAUUGUUUUAUAUGGUUGUAUAAUACCACAUUACGUAAUAUAUGACUUUGGUUCGCUUAUGAAAUACAAUAAAGACAACCAAUUAUAGUUAAUUAAUUUGUAUAGGUAAUUACUGAUGACAAUAGAAAACGAUAUAGGUAUUAUGUUUGAAAACUACUCACCUAUUGUGUAUAUUUUAUUAAAGUAAGUAUUAAAAAAAAUAAAAAAAGGAAUUUAUAAAAGAAAAAAAAAGCAAAUUAAAAAAAGAGUUGAUAUUGGGGAUGGGAGUGGCCACUGUUGUAGGUGAGAAGUUGAGAACGUAGGAUAAGUAACAUAAAGUACAUAAAGUUAUUUAAUUUAUAUUUGUAAGCAACGAUAAACCAUUGAUUGACGAAUAACGAUUCUGAGCGCAGCUCGAAGUGAGUGCCGUAAUUUUUUUUUAUUUCAAAACGCAUAUUAAAAAAAAAAAGUCUGGUUAAGUCUAAUAUAAGUGUUUCAAGUUUCUACGUAUAUUUAUAACCGAAUAACAGCAAAAACUCCCAAAAUUUAAAAUUCCUUAAAAGCUCAAAAGUGGCUCAAAAUUUUUGGCGAUGAUACUGUUAGAAAUUAAAUCAAAAAGCCAACAAAAAAGGUAUCUUGUAGUUUUUUAAUUACAUGAUUUUUUUCUAGUAGAAAACGUCGUCUGUGUUUUUAAAAAAUAAUGAAAUCGUAAAAUUGUACGUUUUCCUAUGUUUAUUUCCACUUAAGUGCUUUUAUUUAAAAAACCACGUCGAAAAUCAAAAAAUAACUUCUUUAAAGUACAAUCAAGACAACUUAAGUUUUCAGAAGAAGUGCUUCACCUGUACAUUGGAGUAAGUUUACUCGAAAAAAACGACUAGAACAAAGAACAAAGAAAAAAAAUAAACAUCAUUGUAAAACCAAUAACUCUCUUGCUACACUCGGAAUCUAAAAUGCAAGAUAAAAUAAUAUACUAUUUGCACCGUACGUGAGGAGAGGUUUUUAUUUAUAUUUUUGAUAAUACAGUAUACAAUGCGAGAUAAGCUACCGUUGUGAGCAACCAAUUUAAAUAUUAACAUGACAAUAUUAUCACACAUCAAUGAUCACACUUCAUAUUUUGUCUUUUUUCCCCGUAAUUCGCACAGAUUCGAUAAAAUUGACUAUUUCAAUAGCAAUUUUAGAUUUUAGAUAGCGGAGAAUGUAUUGGUUUUACUAAGAUGUUAAUUUUUUAUUUUUAAUCUUGUUUACAAAAAUUCUACCAGAAAUCUUGCUCAGAUAUAUACGCGCGGUAUCAUUACUGAAAAAGAAUUUUGUCCAGAUAGUAUUUUUGGGAGGCCAUUUUUUGGUUUUCCAAGUGGUUUUCAUAAUAUCUGGGAAAAACCAGGAAAAAACGUGAGAAAAACUGGAAAUGUACGAAAAUAAUGCUUCUAUUAUUUUUAAAUUUGUUAUUUCUUGUAAUUCAGUUUAAAAUAUUCGUAGAAACUUUUAAUUUGGAUAGAAAACUUAUAGUUGUCUUUUCUAGAUGUGGUAAAAUUUUCAUAAAAUUUAAGUCAUUUUUGAGCUAUUUAUAGACAUUUUAAUUUUACGAGUUUUGUACAUACAUUUUUAUUCGGUAGGUAUUCUGUGGUAAAUUUGUUAACAAAAAUGCUUGAAAAUUCAACAGGACGUUUAUUAAGAGUCUUACUUUGUAGUAAAAGAAAAUUGUUUACUUAAUAUUUUUUUAUUUUUAUUUUUUUUAAUAUUUUAAUAUUGUCGAUUUAAGAAUGAUGGUGAAGUUAGAGUUGAGCGGACUAAGAUUCGAAAUAAUAGCUUCUUGAAGUUCUGAUAUUAUGCGGAUAUUAUAUAUUAUGUUAAAUAACUCUAUAUUGUACACCUGCAAGUAGAUUUGUCUUGAACUAUUGGCUAUUUAUAUCCAUAAUCAUCCUAGAGGUACUGAGUUGAAACCAGUGUUUUAAAAAAAAAAUUAUUUGCAAUUUUUUUUCCUUUUUACCUAAACAAGGAAACAAUAAAUGCAUUUUGGGUUUACUUAGACCUAAGCCAUCACUCGCGCGGAAUAUUUUAAUCACAAAAUACCCCUCGAUUUGUUUUGCAAACUUUUCUACCAGCAAUUUCUUUUCAAUAUAAAUGAUAGCACUUUUUCUAAAAGGAAAUCUGACAAGGAAGAUGCAUAAGGGAGGUAAUUUUUCGAUUUCCCCAGGAGUUUUCCCAAUAAAUGGGAAAAAUUGUGAAAAACAGGAAAAUAUACAAAAUUUAUUAGUAAAAUAUAACGAUUUUUUUUUCUGUAGACAAAAUUUUUACUAACAAUUUUGCUCCGAUUUACAAUGGUAUCACUUUUUCUAAAAGGAAAUCUGACUGGGGAGGUACUUUAGGGAAGUCAUUAUUCGGUUUUUCCAAGAGUUUUCCCAGCAAAUGCGAAAAAUAUAGAAAACCAGGAAAAACGGGAAAAUUGGCACAAUAUUAAAUAAAUAUUAUUAAAGAAAAUAUGUAGUGCCUAUUUUAUUAUUUGACUAUAAUAUGACUUAUAUAUUAUUAAAAAAGCAUCACUAUUAACUGAAUUGCGUUGAGAAUCGUUAUUUUAUUAGUAAUGGUUUAUCGUUGGAUCCAUCUCUAUUAUCCUAGGACGUCUUUUUGUAUUGCGAAUAUCAUAUUCUGCUUGAUUUUUUUUUUUUUUUUUUUAUGAUCGAUUAAUCUUAUAAAUAAUUUAUUGAAAAUUUCGAUUAAUCAUUUAUUUGCGAAUCGUUUUUUCCAAUGAUACUACGUCGCCUCUACAAAUUAUAGUGAUAGGUUUUGAGCAGGGCUAGGGAAUAUGCAUUUAAAAUCCACAAGAAAGCACUUAAAAAUGUCACAAAAUAGCUCAAUAAUAUUGAAAAGCAAAAUUGGUAGAGGGGUUAAAAGUCCCCCUCCAAUGGCUCUAACUUAUUAAAAACAAUUUUUUAUAACAAAACAAAAAUUUGUUGUGUUAACAAAACCUAACAACCUAAAUGUAUUUUUAUGACAGUUCUUACAACUUCAGAUCUCUCUGUCUCUCUCCCCGUGACAUCUCCAAACCAUCAAAUAUAUUUCUUUCAUUUUAUCUAUUACUUAAAUUACGCCUAAGCUACCUAUUAUGUACUGAUUCCUUAAUCCUUAUCCUAUCUUCUCUUGUCACUCGAUUCAUCCACCUAGACAUUAUUAUUUCUGUCACAUUUAUUCUUGUUCUAUUUGCCUGUCUACCAUACAACAUAAUUAGUUCUAUCCAGUAGCGUAGCUAGAUGGAAAAGGACCCCGGGGCGAAUAAUAAACUAGAUCCUCUAUAACUAAUAUAAUUUUUAUGAAAAUUCUAAAUAUACCUACACGUAGCAUUGUAUUUUUUAAAUGUAAAUAAUUACAAUGAAACCAAAAAAAUAUGAAAAUCAUAAACAGAUAAUUAAUAAAUAAACAAAGUAAAAGUAAAACCAGUUUACUAUACAGUUUGUUAUAUUAAAUAAAUUAUAACUAUGAGUUUGGUGAACACCGUUCAUUACCUAUUAUGCAUUAUUAUUCUAUUUAUUAAAUACUGAUUGUUGCUGGAAUUACCAUGUAAGAUUUAAAACAUUUAUUGCCAUUAAAUACAUCAAAAUUUCAAGUAUUUUAAGGAAGUAAUUUCAGAAUAUUGUCCGAGGCCCCCCCGAGAUCUGGGGCCCCAAGGCAUUGCCUGCCCCACAUUGAUGUUCUCUUCUCACAUAAUAUUAUCAUUUAAUGAUUUUCUAUAAGUAGGUGGUACUUAAUUUUAGAUAUGCUGCAAUUAUUAUUAAAAUACAAUCUUAAUAAUUAUAAUAUCUAUUAUAUGCACAUUAAGCUAUUAAAUGCGUUAUUUUCUUCAAUAAGAAAAACAAAUAUUGUUUUUGAAACUCAGUCUGCAUUUUAAUUUUAGAUCAUGUUUUAUUUUUUUUAAUUAACAUUUUCUAUAAGUAAAAACGGGAUCAUUUACAUCGUUUAAUAGUAAUUACGAAUCGACGAGCUCAUGGAAUACAUAAUUGGCCUUUUGUGUACUUAAUAAUAAAAUUUAAUAAUUCGAUUUAAAAACAUGAAACAAACCGAAACAUAAGUCAUCCAAAAAAUGAUUUCUGAACAACGUGUUAUUAUGAAGUUUAGUUUUUUUAUAUUAAUAAUUAAAAAAGUGUGUGACGCUGUGUGUGUUUAACUAUUAUUAGUGUUAUUAACAGUAAUCGAUUGGCUAUGAAUUUAACUAUAAUUAUAAUUAUUAAAGAACAAAUAAAAUAAAUUUGAUAGACCCCCUCCCAUAAAAAAUGUCUGGGUAAACAUUGGUUUGUGUUUAUUAAUAAUUCACGCGCGUGAAUUGUUAUUCGCGAGAUUGUCGAUUCAAGCUUUGGUUUCAGCGUGAUAUAGGUGUUUUGCCACAUUAUAUGCGAUUAUCACUGUGGAAUUGAAUGUUGAUCAGUUAAUGUCAGACAGUUGAACAAAAUGGAAUGAAUUCACAAACUGUUACACCUUCUAUCUAUAUAAUAUGUAAAAGGGUGAUUCAUUAUGCGUGCUUACCCAAUUGUUUUGGUUAAAUUUUGAAUACAUUCAAAUUCUGAUUUUUGGAAUUAUUAAAUGUAGUUAAAGCCGAUAUUUUUGAAUACAAGAUUUUUCAAAAUAUUUAUGCAGUAUCCUGUAGUGAUACCAACUUUGAUUUUCCAUAUGAGAACCUAUAUUAAAAAUUUCAUAAACAGACGAAGUAUUAUUUUAAAUACAUUUUGGUGCCAAUAUUUUUGAUUUCCGUCAACCCGUUGAGAUAUUUAAAUUUUGAGUUUAGGUAGGGAGAGAGUACUGUGAGCACGCUUAGUAAAUUACUCUGUAUAUUUAAUUGAACGUAUCCUGGCUGACUGAUCAAGUUUAUUACGCUGUAGACUUGAAAUGUGUAUGGUACCUUCGUACCACCAUGUAAGGGUGCACUAAGAAAUAAUUUUUUAAACUUUUUCUGGCUAGGAUACUAAUGUAUAAACUGUUCUUCUUUUCUAUGUAUUAUACUAUUACCAGAUACGUAUAUCUAACAUAUAAACAUAUAUAUUAUUAUUUUUAUAGCAAGUAGCAACUAUCAUGGACUAAAACAUAUUUUUGGAAAACUUCACCUAUAUAUUUUUUUUUUUAAUGAGCUCUUGUAAUUUUCAUUUUUCAUUCUGUUCGUGUCACGUAAAUUUUGCAUGCUGGCGCCGUGACGUGAUUCACACGCGUGAAUUAUUACAAAACACUAUUAUUGUUUUACUUCAUAUUUUGCGUGAUCGCGCAUUGCGCCCCACGCAUUCAUGGACGCGUGAUUGUAGAAAACUAAGGCUUUGCUAGAGUCAGUCGCGCAACAGUUGCCAUGAGGGCAACAUUUGCGUGAUACGCAGUGCGUGGUUAUUAGUAAUAUUUUUAAUAUUGAUUCUUUAUUAAUAUAAUAAACUAUAUAUAAUAUACUAAUACUUUCAUAUAAUUAUUUCAAAGUCGAAUUAAACGGUAGGUAAGUAUCAUUUUUAAAUAUUACCUACUUAUUAAAUACGUAUAUGUUACAAUUAAUAAGUUUUUUUUAGAUUCUGAGUGUAGUGAAGAAUGUAUUGGUUUUAAAUUAGUUUUAGGAAAACUAUGGAAUCCAAAUCAUUUAAUGCGAUAGAUGACAAAAAAUUAAUUGAUAUGGUUCGGAAUCAUUCUGUUUUGUAUAAAUUGAAUGACAAAAAUUAUAAAGAUAAUUGCGUCAAAGAGAACGUUUGGAAAGAAAUUGCACACUCCAUUGGUAAAAACGGUAUGUAAUAUUAUUAGGUAAAUUUAUGAAAACUGUAUAGUAAGUAGGUAGUAAGAAAUAUUUUUAAUUAUUUGUAUUUCACAUGUAUUUUAUUAUGAUCUGUAACACAAAUUAUUUUUUCUUGAAUAAUGAAUAUAAGACAAGAGUUAUAUUUAGAAUUAUAUCAAGAAAAUUUACCUCUAAGGUAAAGAAAGGUACAUCCGUGAAAUUUUUGAAAUAUAUAAUUACAUAUUCAAUUUUAAUAAUUAUACCUUAUUAAUAUAAUUAAUUGAUGGGCAUAGAGUAAACAAAUUUGAAUACAUAUAUUGGAUUUUGUAACUUUUAAUUUGUUUCCAUAACAGUUCAAAAGUUACGGAGAAAAGUCAAUUAAUUUCGUGAUAGUGGUAAGGUUAUCUCGGGUGUACACGACAAUUCAUUCAAAAAAUUAUUUUUUAAAAGAAGCACUUAUAACAUGAAAAAAAAUCUCAGCAAUUUGAAAUUUAUAGUAAUACAAUUUAAUGUAGAUAACAGAGUUACUAAAUAUUUAGAUUUACUUAUAAAGUAAAUAAGGUAGAGGUAUAUAAUUUCGUUAUAGUAGGUAAUUUCGUGAUUGGCUAUAUUGUAGUUAAAACGAUUUUUGAUGUUCAUUUUAUUUAAUAAAAAUAACAUUGUUAAAAACAUUAAAAAAGUGCACGUCUGCGUUAAUUAUUUAUUAACAGUCAAUUAAAAAUCAAAAAUCAUACAUAUCAUUAAAUUAAACAUGUUUUCUAGUUGCAUAAUGACUACAAUAAAAAACGCAUAAGUAGCAUGUCUCUAAUAACGAUAAGAAUUGUAUAAACUGAUAGUAAACAGCUAACGUACCGUAUGCACUCGUCGAUUGUAUAUCAACCGACAGUAGUACCUCAUUACUCAUGAAACAUUUGACACUAUUCGGAUGUUUACCGGCAAAUACUAUGUUAGUUACAAACGCUGAAAGAAAUAUCAAAAAGUUACCUAUAUCACGGAUAUACCUUUCUUUACUUUACAGAAUAUAAUUUCAAAAAAUAAAUAAUUUAGUAGGAGUCUAUUUAUAUUUCUAAUAAUACAGAAUGUUUCUGUAGUUAAAAAAUUAUAAUUUAUAAAUACUUGCUCAAAUAAUUCAGUAUUGUCGCGUGGUUAACAAUUUAUUACACUAAAUAUUUAAAGGAUAACAGUUAAAAAUGCACAUUUUAACUAUUUAUAUUUUAAAGUUUGUUUUUAAAGAAAAUAAUAUAAUAGGUGAUUAAAUAAAUAAAAAUAAUUACUUAAAAUAAGCUUCGUCUUAAAUAAAAUAAUACUAAAUUGAAUAUUAUGAAAAACAAAUUAAAUUAAAUUUGGAUUUCUAGUAUUUUUUGCAAAUAACCCAAUACAUUCAAUAACAUUAUCUCAUUUUAGUAUUAGUCAUAUGUUUUUGCUACCAGCUCACUGAUUCAGACCUAGAGUUAAAAUAAUCUUUGAAAGUUUCCCUGAUUCUAACUGUUGCAUCCAACUAUGUUGCAUUUCUUCCAAUUGCAACAAAGUGUCUGUUAUGGGAUCUCUGUCUCUCUAAUCCGUAGGAUACACCAUUCUUUCAUCACGUAAUAAAUUAUAGAAAAUACAUGAGGCUAAUACGCGUCUGUUGCAUUUUCUUCGUCUUCAGUUAUAUACGGUACUGUGUUUAGGGGGCAUAUUAGUAUAUGUUGUUCCGUUUGUUUACUUCCACAGUCGCAGUCUACGGUUUUUACACUGUAUCCCCAUUUAUGCAGGUUUUCCCUUGUUCGGACAACUCCUCCUUAAUCUAUUGGGUGUUUUCCAGGUGUUUCAUUCGUUGGAGUAUCCGGAUGGGAGAUUUUUUCAAUGAUUUUAUUUUGAAGUCUCUGGUUCGAUUCAAUGAUAUACAUUUUCAGAAGUCGUUCAUGGUCAAGGGAUGUUCUGAGCAUCGAAGUUGAUUUUAGAAAGUUUUUUCUAGAUUUCAGUCUACUUGGUGCCAGUUGGUAUCCAUGGAGUUCGGUGUCUUAUAUCGUUUGCUUGGGCUGUUUUUUGGGUCAUUAUUAAGUCUCAAAAAGAAUAUUAUUUGGCGAAUACAAUACUCAGAAGUAUUGAUACACUAUACCUCAGACAUAUUUUCAGUUGUUCUUAGUAUUCUACUUAAGCGGUAGUUAAAAAUGUCUUUUUGGAUUUAAUUUCAAUGAAGCCUCCGUUAAUUUAAAUGCUUCGUCACCGUAAAUAAGCCAAAACAUAAGACAAGAUUACAUCAGUAUUUGGUAAAAAUGUUGGUUCUGGAAGUUUGAAUUCUUCGGUUGAUAUUGAUUUGCCCAGAUUCGAUUUAACGAAAAUUCUCGCACAACCUUCGUUUCCAUAUGACCCUAUGAAAACCACCAAAAAUUUGUUAUUUGCGUCAACUAACGCCAAUAGCACAAUGGAUACAAAUAAUUUAUAAUUAAAAAACAUAGACCCAGAGUUUUUAUGGAAAAUGAUCCGUAUAUUAUUCUCGUCUAUGGCGCCGCAACAGUUCGGAAAAUUCCACAUUUCAUAGAAAUCUUAGCUAGGUAUUUUCGUUAAAAUACAUUUCGUUGGUUCAGGUAUUACUAUGUUAUUAAUCGACGACAAUUAGUUACUAGGAAUUUUCUCAUAAUCAUAUUCAUCUAGCUACGAGAUAUUCUAAAUUUAAAUGAAAGGGACCUAAAACCCUCUCCGGUUGCUAAAAAUCUGUAAAAUGUAAAUAAUACACUGUAAUUAUUUUCAGUAAAUGAUUGCAAAACUCGGUGGCGUACAAUUAGAGAUUCAUAUAAAAAAAAUUUGAAAAAAAGAAAAUUAGGAACUGGUUCAGCAGCUACAACAAAAUCUAAAUACAACGACGAUUCAUUAAAUUUUUUAGAUAACAUCGAAGACGAAAGAAGGUAAAAGCAAAAACUAAUUUUACACGAAAAAAAACACAAAUCGUUGUAAAAAUCAAUAGAUUUUUAUGGUUUUAAGUUCUAUGAUACUUCAUUAUUUUCAGAACUACAUCUAACAUUUUGAUGGAUAAAAUAGCCUGCAAUGACAGCAUAAACUACUCAGAAAUGACCGAAAAUGAAAGUUUUAAUCAAACUGAGGAAACCGAACCAAAGACAUUGUUACUUGAAAAUUCUGAAUCAAUUUUAUUAAAGAUAAAUACGCCGAUUGAUGAUCAACUACUGACAAAAGAAAUAAAUCAUAGUUUGUUGGAUGCAUUUAGAAAAAAACAAACAAUACCAAGAACACAAGAUAAGAUAUUAGAUGAAAUAAAGAAAAGACGAGAGGCACCAUUGAUGGCGUUAAGAGAAAUGAGAAAAUAUGAAUGCAAUGAUUCAAUUCAAUUUUUUUUUAAAAGUAUGGCUCUAACGGUUUCGACAUUUCCCCCAGAAUUAGCUGUAGAAGCAAAAAUGAAAGUUUUCAAUAUUAUUUCCGAAAUGGAAUUACGCUUACUAAAGGCAAAAGUUAAUAUGAAUACAACAUCUGUAAAACCAAUGACAUUAACAUCGUCAACGUCAGCAGAUCAAGUUCCUACAAUAUUUAGCGAAGAAGAAUCUUCGCGUUCAACUCUAAUAUCAAGUAAUUCAGAGUAAUUAAUGCACUAUUCCAGUUUAAAACGCCAAUUUUUCUUAUUUACAAUAUCUUGAUGAAUAUUAAUUUUUUAUUUAAUUUUAAAACU